AUGCAGUUCUCUCUUCUCUCCAUCGCCGCUCUGGCCUCCGUUGCCGCCGCCGAAGGCAUCAACUGCAACGGCUCCGCCCUGUGCAAAUCUUCUGGUGUUGCUGGAAACCUCCUCAACCUCAAGGCUAUUGUUGACAACAUCCCUGACCGCAACCGUCACUACGACACCGCCAAGCAAAUUGCUUGCACUGGCUCCAUCUGCGCUUACUUCCAGAAGGGUGCCUCUGGUACCGCCGCCCGUGCCUCCGAACUUCUUGGACAGCUCCUGGACCACGGCUGCAAGAAGUGUGGCUCUAUCCCUACCGAGGCUGGCAAUGAUGUUAAUAAGGGCGAGCUCACCGUCAACUACGUCUCUCACCAGGACUGCCAGGGUGCUUGCUAA